AUGAACAGUCUUCGACACACAGCGACAAGGACGCCUUCCAAUGUCCAGUUCCUUUUAGUAGCAAGGCCUGCUGCCCAUGCGGCAGUAUACAGACGACUACUGCAGCAGUCCCAGAAUUCGAGUUUAAGCUCCUUGUCAUCUAAUUCGAGAUCCGCAACGCCCUUACAACCAUCGCCUCUACGGUCAAGAUUCCUGCCAGACGAGUUAGCAGGGCCGGGGCUUGUAUCCUCUAGAAGUUUCCACCAGAGCUCAAGGUUAAGAAAGGAGGAGAAGCGAGCAGAGGAGGCCUCGAAAGGAGAAUCUACUGAAGGAGAUUCUGCAAAGAAGGCUUCGCCUGAGGAGGCGGAAUCUGCUUCUGGUGAGAAGGACAAGAAGGAGGGAGAAGGUGAAGGCGAGGAGGGCAAGAAGGAGGAGAAGGAGAAGGAAGCUCCUCCACCACCUCCACCGCACGGAGACAAAUCGCCAUGGCAAGUCUUUACCGAGACGCUGCAGACAGAGUUCAAGGCGUCGAAAGAGUGGAAUGAAUCUACGAAGGCUUUGGCUGCUGGAGCUCAACAAUUUACUGAGAAUGAGUCUGUAAGACGAGCUCGCGAGGCAUACGAAUCUACUACUGGGGCUGUUUCAUCAACUACUGCCAAGGUGUUGAAGGGUACUGCUGGAGCUGUUGGAAAGGGAGCUGCAUGGACUUGGGAGACACCUGUUGUUAAGGGCGUGCGAACUACCGUCAACGCCACCGCGAGUGUGAUUGAGAAGGGAACCCGACCAAUUCGAGAGACUGAGGCAUACAAGAAUGUCAAGAAUGUCAUCGAUGAUGGAAGCAGUUCCAGAUAUGGUGGAUGGGUGGAGAAAGAAGAGCGGAGAAAGAAGAGAGAAUUGCGGGAGGCACAAGAGGCUGCAAAGCUCGGUAUGCACGGCAAACGGGUUGAAGUCGCCCAAGAGGACCCAGACGCCGGCACAAACGUCACUCUGCACAAAGACGCCGCAUGGAAAGAAUCAUGGCGAGAUUUCCGCGACUCGAACCGAGUCCUACAGGGCCUCUUCUCCAUGAAAUCUGUGUACAAUGAAUCCGAAAACCCCCUCAUCUCCACCGCACGCAGCAUAUCCGACCGAGUAGCUGGCUUCUUCGCCGAAAACGAGACAGCUAUGGUCAUCAAAAAAUUCAGAGAAAUGGACCCAGGCUUCCAAAUGGAGCCUUUCCUGCGCGAAAUGCGCGAGUAUAUCCUCCCUGAAGUCCUGGACGCUUACGUAAAGGGCGAUACCGAGACAUUGCGACUCUGGCUCUCAGCGGCUCAGUUCCAGGUCUAUGACGCUCUGUCCAAGCAAUACACCACCGCAGGCCUGAAGUCCGACGGACGAAUUCUCGAUAUCCGGAACGUGGAGAUCUUAUCAGCGAGAAUCCUUGAGCCAGGAGAUAUCCCCGUGUUCAUCGUGACGUGCAGAACGCAGGAGGUGCAUGUGUACAGAAACGCGAAGACGAAUGAUCUCGCUGCGGGCAUGGAGGAUAAGGUUCAGCUUGUUACUUACGCCAUUGGUGUCACGCGGGUUCCGGAGGAUGUCAAUAACCCUGAGACGAGAGGGUGGCGCUUGAUCGAGUUGCAGAAGAGUGGCAGGGAUUAUAUAUAA